CCGCUUCCAACGCAAAUGGGUCAGCGCGGGCGCUCCAGGGCGCGAUGCGACCCGGACCUGGACGACAACGGUUCUCCUGCGCGGUGGCGCGCCCCCCUCGGCGACGACGAGGACGAGGAGGGCAACGAGGACCUCAGCCUCGAGAUCGUCGAGCGGGCGCGGCGGCGCCGGGAGGCGGCGGGAGGCCAGCCCGGCUUCGCCGACCUCCUUUCUCUUUCCUCCGACGAGGAGGUCGACGAGGACGCCGUGGUGGAGCUCGGCGAGGCGGAUCCCAGGAGGAAGGAGAAGAAGAAGAAGAAGCGGCGCAAGGAGAGGAAGAAAAAACAACGGAAGGAUGACGUAGCCGCUGCCCAGGAGGAGCCUCAGGUUGCAGGCACCCAGGAGGGAGAAAUUGGGACAGCAGAAACGGUGCUCACAGAAGAUGCCGUCGGUGUCCCUGUGUCCGACAACACAGUUCUGAGGAAGCUUCUUCGGAUACCAAGAUACUUUGAUCCCGGGGAAACUAUAUUGGAAACUUGCUUUAACUGUGGGGAGGAAGGUCAUGUAGCUGUAAACUGCCCAAUGGAAAAGCGGAAGAAGCCUUGCUUUGUUUGUGGAUUGUUUGGACACAAUGCGAAGCAGUGCACGCAGGGUCAAGAUUGUUUCAUCUGCAAAAAAGGAGGCCAUAUGGCGAAAGAUUGUCCUGACAAGCACAUGAGGAAUACUCAGCAAUCCACCACAUUGUGUUUACGAUGCGGAGAAACAGGCCACGAUAUGUUUGGAUGUGCCAAUGAUUAUCCACCGGGUGAUGUUAAGGAAAUAAAAUGCUACGUCUGUAAGCAGAAUGGUCACCUGUGCUGUACUGACUUCUCUGAUAGUCUUGCAAAAGAAGUUACUUGCUAUAACUGUGCCCAAUCUGGUCAUAGUGGUUUGGGAUGUGCCAAGCAACGCAGGGAAACAAGUGUCGUGACAACCCCGACCCUAUGCUACAAAUGUGGCGAAGAAGGUCACUUCGCACGGGGCUGCACAAACAAUGCUAAGUCGGGUCGGUUUAAAGGUGAGUUGUCAGCACAUAGUCGUAAAAAGGACAGAUGGAGAAAUGAUUCUGGCCCUAGAUCAGCUCCUUACGAUACUCAUAAAAGGAAAAGCCCCCUAUUUGACGAUAGAAGGGGCACACCUCGUGAUAAAUCCAGAGUUAGGGGUGGUUGGAUUCCGGAGGACCAUGAUGAUCUGCCAUAUAAGAAGUACAAAUCCAAUGGGUGGGCCUCUCCAUCUACUCCUAAGAAGCCAUACAACAAUCACCAAGAGUUCUCUUAUGACUAUUCAACUCCUCAAUCUUCAAGAUGGGAAGGGCAAGGCUAUUCAUCGCAUAGCUCAAAAUAUUCACCAAAUGCAAGAAAUCAUAGCUCAAGAUUUUCCAACAACAAACAUCUUCGUUUUGAAAGAAGUUAGAAUGGAGCGUACUUUUGGUUUUGUUGUUCCUUUGACGGUAGAUCUCUGGGGGAUGAAGUCUGCCUGUAAGAUCAUUUCCCUCAAAGAGCUGUUCCUGUAUCUUGAGAAUUGUAUAAGCUUGUUGUGUAUCCAUUCCGGCCCGAUCAUGCUUUGUCACUCUACAGCGCUAAGCAUCAAGUUUCUACUGAUAUACAAGAGCACAAGCUCAUUUUUUGACCA